AUGUCUGGUACUGCAGUUUCUUCCUUUCUAAACUUGACUUCAUCUGUGGAAAGUUAUCUGCCUAAGACAAACUUGAGUCGUGCCCUUAAGUUGUUGGAUCUUUACUAUUGUGCUUUUAGAGGGUCAAUUCCUGCAUCAUUCGGAAAUCUCACUCAAAUUAUUUCCAUAGAUUUAUCUGGAAAUAGUUUUGCAGGACAGAUUCCAGAUGUUUUUGGAAAUCUCAACAAAUUAACUUCUUUGACAUUUUAUUCCUGCAAUUUUAGUGGUCAGCUUCCAAUAACUAUGUUCAACCUCACACAAAUCACCCAGCUAGAUUUGUCAUAUAACGGAUUAGAAGGUCCCCUGCCAAAUCAUUUUAGUGAGCUUCAAUUGCUUGAGGUGUUUUGGUUAUCUAAUAACUCUGUAAGAGGUGGAGUACCAUCUUGGCUGUUUACUUUGCCAUCAUUGCAAAAUCUAGACCUCAGCCAUAACAAACUCACCGGUCCAGUUGACCAAAUUCAGAAACCUAAUUUUGUCAAAUAUGUUGAUUUGAGUUCUAAUGACAUUCAUGGUCCAAUACCCAGUUCUUUUUUUGAUCUUGUGAACCUUAGCACACUUCAUAUUUCAUCAAACAACUUGAGUGGUGUCAUCGAGUCAAAUAUGCUCUUCAAACUGGAAAAUCUUUACACUCUUGAUCUUUCAAACAAUAGUUUACUAUCAUUAAUCACUAGUGGCAAUGAUGUAAACUAUUCCUUCCAUCAGCUUGUUAGAGUGUUAUUCUCUUCAUGUAGCGUGAGACAGUUUCCAAGUUUUUUUUGGACAUCAAGGUUAGAAGUUUUGGAUCUUUCCAAUAACAAGAUUUCCGGUGGAAUUUCCAAAUGGGAAGCAGAAGGGUGGGUAGAAUUGAACAUGUUGAACCUUUCUUACAACUUUGUUACCAGUUUGGAGCAAUUUCCAGGAAAAUAUCUUCAAAUUAUUAAUCUUCAUUCCAACAUGCUUCAAGGGCCAAUUCUCUCAACUUGCUUGAAUCUUCAAAUGCCAAAUCCACCACUAUUCUUGAGCAUAUUUUUUAUUUCAGAGAAUAAAUUGACCGGAAAUAUCCCUUCCCUGAUUUGCAAUUGGACAUCCCUGGUGGUUCUCGACUUGUCUAAAUGA